AUGCUUUCGACGCUCGGUAGUUACAUUUGGGGCAGCUCGGAAGCGGACAGUCCUCUAACGGAAGUCACCUUUACAAUCAAUGGGAAACCGUAUACUGUGGAUCCUCGCACGAUUCCGGUCGAUACUUCGCUGAAUACGUUUAUACGCAACCAUGCACAUCUGACCGGUACCAAGUUCAUGUGUCUGGAGGGUGGCUGUGGAGCAUGCAUCGUAAACGUCAACGGUAUCCACCCGGUGACGAAGGAGAAGAAAUCAUGGGCAGUCAAUUCGUGCCUUUAUCCGGUCUAUGCGUGCCAUGGGCUGGAUGUGAAAACGGUGGAAGGUAUUGGCAACCGCAAAGAUGGUUACCAUCCCAUCCAGCAACGAUUGGCUCAUCUGAAUGGGACGCAGUGCGGUUACUGCUCACCCGGCAUGGUCAUGAACAUGUACAGCCUGAUGGAAGCGAACCGUGGUGCGAUCUCGAUGGACGAUGUGGAAAAUGCCUUCGGUGGUAACAUAUGCCGUUGCACCGGCUAUCGCCCCAUACUGGACGCGUUCAAAUCGUUGACGGUCGAUGCGGACGAAAAGCUGCUCGAUGCGUGCCAGGAUAUUGAGGAUCUCACGAAAACGUGCCCUAAAACGGGAAGUCCUUGUGCGGGCAAGUGCAUUUCGGCAAAGGAUCGUAUCGAUCUGAAGCGUCCGGUGAAGCUAGUGUUUGAAGACGAUAAGGAGUGGCAUCGCGUUGCACAAUUGGCAGAUAUUUUUGCGAUUUUUGAACAGAUCGGUAGCAAACCGUACAUGCUGGUCGCUGGCAAUACCGCUCAUGGUGUCUACCGACGCAGUCCUGCGCUGCAAGCAUUCAUCGACAUCAAUGCUGUCGAGGAGUUGCAUACGCACUCCUCAGCUAAUAACGAACUGGUGGUCGGUGCGAACGUUUCCCUGACGGAGUUCAUGCACAUCCUGGAUGAAACCGCGAACAAAUCGCCAAACUUUUCGCACUUCAUGCAGCUAGUGAAACACAUCGAUCUGAUUGCGAACGUGCCGGUACGCAGUGCCGGAACAAUCGCGGGCAAUCUGAGCAUUAAAAACCAACAUCAUGAGUUCCCAUCCGAUAUGUAUCUGAUAUUGGAAACGGUCGGUGCGAAGCUGACAGUUGUUGAAGCUGGCGGAAAAUCAAGCCUCAUUACACCGGCCGAAUUUGUCCAGCUAGACAUGCAGAAGAAGGUGUUGAAAUCGGUUACACUGCCGGCGCUAGAUUCCACCCGCUACCAGUACCGAUCGUUCAAAGUGAUGCCACGCUCUCAAAACGCGCACGCUUACGUCAAUGGAGCUUUUCUCACCAAGUUUGCCGAGGAUGGUGUGACGGUGGAGUCUAUCAAGAUUUGCUUUGGCGGAAUCAGUCCAGAUUUUACCCAUGCCACAGCAACGGAGGCUUUUCUGACGGGCAAAAAUUUGUUUGACGCUGAUACCAUCCUGGCUACGAUGAACCAGCUAACCAACGAUAUCCGUCCCGAUUGGGUACUACCCGAUGUGUCCGCCGAGUAUCGCAAAAAUCUUGCAAUGGCACUGUACUACAAGUAUCUGCUAGAUAUAGCGCCGGAUGGUACUGUGCUGGUGAAACCAUCCUACCGUUCCGGCGGUACCGUACUGGAGCGUCCACUGUCAUCCGGCCAACAGACGUUCGAUACGUACGAACGUAAUUGGCCACUCACGAAGAACAUCCCGAAGAUUGAGGCCCUCGCCCAAACGUCUGGUGAGGCUAAGUUUACCAACGAUUUACCUCCGCUGCCCGGGGAACUGUAUGGGGCCUUCGUUAUUGCCACCAAACCCCAUACGCGUAUCGGCAAAAUAGAUGCUACUGAUGCGCUGAAAUAUCCCGGUGUUGUGGCGUUCUACUCCGCAAAAGACAUUCCCGGUACGAACAACUUCAUGCCAGCCAGCCUGGGCAAUCAGGAGGUGGAAGAAGUGUUCUGUAGCGGUGAGGUACUGUACCAUGGCCAACCGGUCGGUAUCAUAUUGGCGGAAACGUUCAACCAGGCCAACCACGCUGCGACACUCGUCAACAUUCUCUACGAACGUAUGUCCCAACCGCAACCGGUCUAUCCCACAUUAAAAUCACUCGUCGACAAUCAAGCGAAGAUGCGCAUCUUUGACGAACCACCAACUACAACCCGCCGUGGUUCGAACUACCGCGUCAAGGUGUCGGCUGCCCGCAAAGUAACCGGACGGUUCGAAAUGGCUGGCCAGUAUCACUACACCAUGGAGACGCAAACUUGCGUGUGCGUACCGAUCGAGGACGGCAUGGAUGUGCACAGCUCGACGCAGUGGGUCGAUCUGUGCCAGAUCGCGAUCGCAUCGAUGCUGAAGGUGCCCGAAAACAGUCUAAACAUUACCGUACGCCGGCUGGGCGGUGGCUAUGGAUCGAAGAUUUCACGCGCCGGUCAAGUCGCAUGUGCCUGCGCCUUGGCGGCCCAUCUACAGAACCGGCCGGUUCGUUUCGUGCUAACGAUCGAAUCAAACAUGAGCUCCAUCGGUAAGCGGUACGGUUGCAUUACCGACUACGAAGUGGACGUGGAAACCAAUGGACGCAUCGUAAAGCUCACGAACAACUAUAUGCAGGAUUACGGUGCGUCUCUGAACGAAUCGGUUGGUGAAGCAACGUCCGAGUUCUUCAACAACUGCUACGACACCAAGACGUGGAAGGUUGUCGGUAAGGCGGCUAAAACGGACGCACCCAGCAACACCUGGUGUCGAGCACCCGGCACCACGGAAGGUAUUGCGAUGAUCGAAAACAUUAUGGAGCACAUUGCUUGGGAGUUGGGAUUAGAUCCCUUGGAGCUUCGGUUGGUCAACACGCCCGACGGUAGCAAGAUGCGCGAGCUGCUGCCACAGUUCCGUACGGAUGUGGGGUACAACCAGCGCAGGACAGAAAUCGAUCAGUUCAACAUAGACAAUCGCUGGCGUAAGCGAGGCAUUGCCAUCUCGCUGAUGCGCUAUCCGCUGGGAUACUUUGGAGCUCUGCACGCAUUGGUAUCGAUCCAUGCUGGCGAUGGUACGGUUUCAGUUACUCACGGUGGCAUCGAAAUGGGUCAGGGCAUGAAUACCAAGGCGGCACAGGUGGCUGCGUUCGUGCUUGGAUUGCCACUGGAGAAGAUUAGCAUCAAACCAACCAACAGUUUGACGUCGCCCAAUGCCAUCGUCACUGGUGGCAGCAUGACCAGCGAGGCAGUGUGCUAUGCCGUGAAGAAAGCGUGCGAGAUACUGCUGGAACGUAUCAAACCCGUGCGCGACGCGCAUAAGGACGUACCUUGGGAGACCAUCACGCAGCUGUGUUACGCGGGUAAUGUAGAUCUGUGCGCCACCUAUCAGUAUCGUGCCACGGAGCUGAAGCCGUACAUCAUUUGGGGGUUAAGCUGUGCCGAAGUCGAGGUAGACGUGUUGACUGGUAACGUGCAGUUGCGUCGUGUCGACAUCUUGGAGGACACGGGAGAAAGCUUGAGCCCCGGCAUUGACGUGGGACAAAUUGAGGGUGCAUUCAUUAUGGGUGUGGGCUACUGGCUCACGGAGGCACUAGUGUACAAUGCGGAGGACGGUGCACUACUGACCAACCGUACCUGGACGUACAAACCGCCGGGAGCGAAGGACAUUCCGGUUGAUUUCCGCGUGCGAUUCUUGCACAACAGCUCCAACCCCGCUGGCGUGCUACGUUCGAAGGCAACCGGAGAACCGGCCUUAAAUAUGUCCAUUGUGGUACUGUUUGCCCUGCGGAAUGCCCUCCGCUCAGCACGGAAGGAUGCCGGACUGGCAGACGAUUGGAUACCGAUGGGAACCGCAUCCACACCGGAUCAGGUUCAUCUGCUGGCGGGAAACUCAAUCGAACAGUACAAACUAAAUUGA